UGGUCCGCUAAGCUGCUCACCGUGAUAAGUACCGGACGGGUCAGGGGCAGUCAGAGCCUGUUCGUCAACUCUUGCUCGGUGAAGACGUCGAUAGGACAGCGGGGACUCUUCCUUCACAUACACCGACACCGUUUGUAAAUGCCUGCAGACACACAAAAGAUGAUGAUGACGGCCUCUCCGUGGGACCGCUGGUACUCCACGCGCUGCUGCCUGUGUUGCCAUGUCCGCACGGGAACCAUCAUCCUGGGGGUCUGGUACAUGCUCAUCAAUGCUGUGGUGUUACUCAUCCUGCUCACUGCCCUCAACGAUCCUGAGCAGUACCACUUGACCAGUGCAGAGUUGGCUAAUGACCUGGAUGUCAUGGAUGAUGCCAACAUGUGCAUCGCCUCAGCGAUCUCUCUGCUGAUGAUACUUAUCUGUGGGAUGGCAACAUAUGGUGCCUACAAGUUACGUCCCGCCUGGAUCAUCCCUUUUUUCUGCUACCAAAUAUUUGACUUUGCGCUUAACACCUUGGUGGCUGUUAGCAUCGUAGUUUACCCAAACACCAUUCAGGAUUACCUGCAGCAACUGCCUGAGAACUUUCCCUACAAAGAGGAAGUUGCUGCUCUCAGUAACGUGUGCUUGGUCGUCAUCGUGCUGCUCUUCAUCGGCUGUAUUCUCGGCUUUAAGGCAUACCUGAUAGCAUGCGUGUGGAACUGCUACAGAUAUGUGAGCGGACGGGGCAGUUCUGAAAUCCUGCUGUACAUCACGACCAAUGACACCACCGUGCUGUUACCUCCUUAUGAUGACAGUGUCAGUGUCCCUCCCAAGCAGGCUCCUCCACCUUACACCACUGUUACAGCAUGAAAACAUUCCCGGGAUCCUGCCGACUGCUGUUGAUAAAAGCACAGCAGAAUUGAUGCACCACACUGCCUCUCCACUGUACAGUAUAUUUCUGGAUAUAUUGUAGCUACACACACAUUACCGUUCUCUUAAUGCAUUCACACGCAUAUGUACAAAAACACCUUGGACAGAUAUACAGACGCACACCACCGUGACCUCUCAUCCCUUCCUGUUAUUUACUUAUUCUUAUGUAUUUCUCUCCUGUAGCUCUCUGUGUAUCUCUGUGUCUUAGUAUUCAUCCAGAAACGAUGUGCACUUUUAUGCAUUUGAAGCGAAACAAGACAAAAGCACUAGAAAGUUCGAUAGAUGAUAUAUAUUUUUAUUAAUUCUAUUUAUGCUCUCUGUGUCUGUAAUCGUAUUCUGUGGGUCCUACCUUUUCACAAACAUAUUUAACUUGUGCAGAAAUGCAAAAAACCCAACGUAUGGCUCACAUUAACGAGUGAGGAGCCGUUGCGUGUUUCCUGUUUGUCUCGUCUGAGCUCGUGAUCAGGGUUGGAUUGCCUUCAUUCAUAGCUUUCUCUCUCAUGGGGUGCACUUCAUGGAGCCACGUGUGAAGUGUCACCUUGACGGGAAGUUUCCCAAAGAAAUGCACCUGCCUGUGUUCUGACAUGAUCAAGGAGCAACCUAGUGUAUAUCAAACAUAUCAGCGUAUUCUACCACAGACAUAAUCACGGUCUCGUGUUCUAGAAAUCAGGAGUGUUGAUUUGCGUUGACUGAUAUUCAUAACUUUCUAAUGUAAUUGUGUCUUUCUACUGAUUGAUGACAAAUGUCUUGGAUUGCUGUUUAUCUAGAAGCACUGAUCUGGAAUCAGCUUGCUCUUUGAAGUCACUAUAAGUUGGUUGCUGGACAGAGGACUCGGAGCCCAAUAAAUAUGGACUGUGGUUGUGUUUUUUCAGUUAAGCCUAAUGGGAGCUUUCUUGUCUGUGUAAACAUUACACAAGUCUGUUCCACCAGAUGGAGUUACUGGCAAACCACUCGUCCCUGGACACAAAAUGUCCUGCAAGGACUCAAAUGUCAAACCUUCUGUAUGGAAAACAAAGAUGUGACAUAUAUUUAUCUAUUAAAAUCCAAUUUCACUGAUA